AUGACGCGCAUGUUAUUUCUUCUUCCAGUACUGCUGCUACUUCAGCUAGCACAGGCCCGCAACAUGAUCUUGCAGCUCAAAAACGAGACGCAUCUCUCCGACUUCUUCACCCUGAAUCCGCACUUUCUGGCUCAUUUCGACAAGUACCACAGUUUCGGCAACUUCCAGGCUCUUGCCGGGGACAUCCCCAGUUCUCUGGUCUACGCCCUUGCCAAGAACUUGAUGAUCAAAGAUUGGACCUUCGACAUCGAUGUCAAGAUUUACGACGUUCAGGCCAACGCUCCUCGCCACCUUGCCCGAACAUCCAACCUCGAGCCCAUCAGCGCCUUCGGUCCCCAGGACUUUGUCCACGACCCUUCCGACGGAAGCGGCGUCGACAUCUACAUUCUAGAUACUGGAGUGCGUCAUCAGCACAUUGAAUUUGAGAACCGAGGCAAACCAGGUCGAGACUUCACCGGCGAGGGCAUGGGUGAUCAAAACGGCCAUGGCACCCAUGUUGCCGGCCUAGCUGCGUCUAAGACCUACGGUAUAGCGAAAAAGGCCAACAUCAUUGAUGUCAAGGUCACUGGAGAGGACGGUAUGGGAGCCCUCUCAUCUGUACUCGCCGGUUUGGAGUGGGCCGCGGCUGAGAUCCAUCGGAACGGCCGUCCCGCGGUUAUCAACAUGAGUUUGGGAGCACCUAAGAACUCGGUGUUCAACGCUGCGGUCGAGGCUGCGAUCGACUCUGGCAUUCCUGUGGUGGUGGCUGCAGGCAACACCAACACCCCUGCGUGUCUGGACUCGCCUGCUAGUGCUAACGGGGUUCUGACCGUCGGGGCGUUUGACGACAGGACGGACACGAUUGCCAGCUUCUCCAACUGGGGCCAGUGUGUGGACAUUUUUGCGCCCGGCGUAGAGGUGAUUUCGCUGUCGAACCAGAACAAUCGGGGCACAGUGGCUCAGUCUGGCUCGUCCAUGUCGGCUCCACUUGCCGCAGGGUUAGUGGCAUAUUACCUUGGCAUGGGAGACGAGCCCCACAAGGCCAUGACACGAAUACGAGACUGGGCCAACAUGAACCGGCUGAGUCGUCGGGGCAUGAUGUUCAAGCCGUUUACGCCCAACAAGAUUCUGUUCAAUUUGGCCGGAGAGCCACUAUGGUGA